UAUUUAUGUACAUUGAAUGUGUCUGGGUAUAUAGGUGACACAUGUGUCUGUAGAGCCAAAAGUAACGGUUAAGAUAUCGCUCUAGCCUCCUUGACUAAAUUCUUAAAGCAUCCUACAUGUCUCGCCUCUUACUUUAUAUAGUCUUUACUGAAGACUAAGGUAGAAAUUUUUUACUGUCACUUUUCUCACACAGAAGAUAAGACUCAGAGAAAUGAUGUGACUACUCCCAAAACACACACACACACACACACACACACACAUAUGCACAUACACUCAUACACAUACACAUAUCACAUAUAUAUACACACAUAUAUAUACACACACAUAUAUAUACAUACACACACAUAUAUAUAUACACACACAUAUAUAUACAUACACACGCUCUCCCACAUACACAUACACACAUACACCUACCCAACAUACAUACACGUGCACACACACACACACACACUCUCAUAUACUCAUCCUCGAUUCAGGCCAGUCUGCUAUGGGAGACCCUAUUUCAAACAAAACAAAACUCCUGAACCUAAAUCUGAUCAACCUCUACAUUCAACUUCCAACUUGCACAAAAUAUGGAGGACAGAGGGAAUGUGAGCAUGCUAAAUGCCACCAUGGAGAUACGAUCAGCAAAGUCUGGAGUUAAUUUAGAAAAAAAGAAAUAAAGGUCUGGUGAGUUGGUAAAGCACUUACCACCCAGCCUGACCCCUAAAGCCAAGGAGAGAGGAAGGAGAGAUUGACUCCACAAACUCAUCCUGUGACCUCCAUCUCUGUGCUCUGCCAACCCUACUAGGGGAGAGACAAAAACAGAGACAGGGAGACACACACACACACACACACACACACACACACAGAGAGAGAGAGAGAGAGAGAGAGAGAGAGAGAGAGAGAGAUACAGAGAGAGAAUAAAACAAGCACUAGACUGUGGCAAACACUACAGGACAAAUGUCCUAGUUUCUUUAGUAAGUAAAUUAUAAUGAAAACUAUUUAGACAAAGGGCCCAUAAAUCAAGAGCAAGGAGACACAUCAAUAAACUAAUAUUGAACUUCAGUACAUCCCAGUCAAAGAAACAGAAUCUUAAAAUAGGUAACAUUAUAAGGCAACUAGAAUUCUGAACCUAACUGAAUAUACAAUACUAGAAAAUUUCUAUUAAACUUUUAAAAUAUUUUAUUUUUAUCAGUCGGGUGUGGUUACAUAUACCUUUAAUUCCAGCAUUGAGAGGCAGAGGCAGUAGGAUUACUGUAAGUUCCAGGCAAGCCUGGUCUACAUAAUGAGUUCUAGAUCAACCAGUGCUAGACAGAGACCCUGUCUCAAAAAAACAAAUGUGUGUGUGUGUGUGUGUGUGUGUGUGUGUGUAUCUGUGUGUGUGUAUCUGUGUGUGUAUGCGUGUGUGUGUGUAUGUGUGUGUGUGUGUGUGUGUGUGUGUGUGUGUGUGUGUGUGUGUGUGUGCAGGCCACAUGUAUGAGGGCAGAGGCCAGAAGAAGGUGCUGGAUUCCCUGGAGCUGCCUGAUGUUCAUUCAUGCUGGGCACUGAACUUAAGUCCCCUGAAAGAGCCACAAGUCACUAAGCCCUCUCCCCAUGACACCCUUCAGGUAACUUUUUAAGGUGAAAUUAUGACAUUAUUAUUAUUACUCCAGCCUGGGCUGAGCUAAGUAGUAGAAUGCUUGCCUAGUAUGUAUGAGGCCCUAGAUUCGAUCUCACAACAAAAAUAGUCAUUUUCAGAGCUACCUUCUAAAAUAUGUGGCUAAAUAAUACAACUGGGAAACUUACUCUGAAAUAAGAUGGGUGAGAGGGAAGAAAGGGAAGGAAAAAUGUUAUAAUUAUGUUAUAAUUUCAAAGAAUCUAAUAUGGACAGAGAAAAGGGACAAAUAAAUGGACUAGCAAAGCCAGGCAGUACCAGUGCACACCUUUGAUCCCAGUUCUGAGAAGGCAGAGGCAGGCGGAUCUGUGAGUUUAAGGCCAGCCUGGUCUACAGAGUGAGUUCCGGGACAGCCAGGGCUACACAGAGAGCCUGUCUCAAAAUACAAAAACAAAAAUAAUAAAACAAAAAACUAAAAACAAACAGAUCAGCAGGAUCCAGCAUGCCAUAGUAGAGGUAAUGAAGCUCUCUCUGUCAGGGCGCAGGGCUCCACUUAUGCAGAGGACUCCUUAUUUGUGCAUAUAGUUAAAUGUUUAUGUAACAAGUUUAAACACAUUAAUCCGGAUUUGAACUUAAGAUUGAUAUAUCCAAUAUUCUCAAAGGAAAGUUAAAGUAAAACUGUAAGGCAUAGAGAGAGCUAGGCAUGAACCCACAUCAGAGGACCAAGGAAGGAGGGCAGUGCAUUUGAGACCAGCUGAAGGGGAAAGGGAAAUAAUGCAUAAGAAAUGAAGAAAUCCUGUGGGAGAGAAGGUUCGCAGCUAAGAGCACACACUGCUCUUGCAGACGGCUGGGGUUCAAUCCCUAGCAUCUACCUGGCGGCUCAUACUACAGUUCCAGAGGAUCCAACACCCACUUCUGAUCCCCAAGGACACCAAGUACACAUGUGAUACAUACAUAUACAUUCAGGAAAAAUACUCAUUCACAAAAAAGUAAAUAAAUUUUAAGCCAAGGAAUUUCAUUUGAGGUAGUCAUUACUUAGGUGAGGUAAGCUUACAUAUGUUAUACAAAGAAACUAACACACCAUAAAAGCUUUCAACAAAUAGCCUAUGUCCCCACUCAAGCAGAUAGUAGACCCGUUUCAUAAAUGAGGAGGCUAGGUCUGAGAAAAAGAGAUAACUUCUCCAAAAAUCCACACUCCCAGUCAGAGACAGAGCUUGGAUUUCAGACCAGUCCCCACACUCAGGGAAGGGAGAACUCUAUGACUACCGAACAGGGAAGAGGGAUUCAUGAAGAGAAAUGAUCCAUGACUUGGACGGAACAAGGAGCAAGAAUAAGGUAAGGCCAAAAGACCUCCAGGAGAGAGGCACUCAAGACGCUGAGAAAUGACAUUCUCGUGAAGUUCAAGGCAGCUUCUCCUAAUUACACACUGGACUCCACGGCUGUCAUUGGAGUAACCUCACUAAUUCAAAUAAAUAGCCAGAGGUUUCAGAGGGAACAAUUUUAACAGUAUUCCAUAAUGAUUUUGGAUUACAGCCCAAAGAAUUAGCUAGUUAAGUGUGGGGUCAUCUCAAGUUGUUUGCUUGGCUGGAUCCCAAGAAAGUAGGGCUGUCAUCUUGCAAUAAGGGACAGGUUUUGUUUUUCUACCCAAAAGGGAGGCUCUGCUAUGGAACUUGCGAGUUACACUUGUGAGAGCUACAACGCUGGGACUCAGUCUUUAACUUAAGUCUGCUCCCCUGCCUUAUUUAGGGAAAGCUGUACCAUUGACAGUGGCUGUCCAGCAUGACAUCAAAGGAAGUCCGCAUCCACAGAGGGGGCCAUCUCUGCAAUCAACAGUCAGAUAAAAGCCAUUUCAGAAGCAAGCAUGGGCACCUCGGGGAAAGUCUCCCAGCCUCAUGCCAACUUGGCUAUUCUGUUCUUCACAUGAUGGUCAGGAUGCCACUGAAAGGCAAGUUCCAGAAGCUCCUGUAAGGCACGGGAAGAGAACUGGCUACGCUCUCUUAACAGCUCAGCAGCGUCCCUGUUUGUAUAACUAGGAACCUCACAGCUCUGUGGGAAUGAUGCACACAGGAAAAGCCAGCAGAACGGUCCACAGUAAACCGGACCUUCCAGGACGGGACAUCUAAGGCAGCAGGUUACAGCCACAGCUAGUUCUUGCACCUCCCUGUGGGUCCCUACACUGCCCUGCCUGCCCUCUACAAGAGGCAGUGCAGCAGAAUGGGAAAUCUGGCCCAGCAGGUGGGUCCUGGGCUUCUGUGGAACUGUCUUCACGUUUUCCAUCCUGAGUAGUUUUACAAUAUGAAUGGAAAAUCACCAGCAAUCCCUCACAACCCAGACUGAAGAGAAAGCAGAAUUCCAUUAGUUCUGCCCUCUUUCCUGAAAAACAGCAAAGAAAAACUGAUGUAAAGUUUCUGCAUUUGGCUUUUCUUCCAAUUUCUGCUCUCUUUACUUCUCUCCACUUCAGGUGCUAAUGAGUCCAACAAGCUCCUAUAAUGAAGGGCGAGAAUGAAGGAAGGAGAUGAGGAAGGAGGAGUCAUAGGAAAAUCUGUCCCUGGAAUCCCAAGCUUGUGACAAAUCAGCACAGACUUAAAACAGCAGAUCUACACAAGGGCCAGACCGUCCUGUUUGCCUGACCCUAGAUCAGCAUGUUCUUUCUCACAAGACCAAGCAACGAGAUUCAACAAAUAACAGCAGCAAUAAAGGCCUGGGGCCUCCAGGUCAGUCAGACCUAGGCUCAAAUGCCUGGCUCUGCAAUUUAUUAGCCCCGAGACCUCAGGCUUGUUCGUUCACCUUGGCUUUAUGCUUCAGUUGUUUCAUAUAUAAAUUAUGGGUAGCAACAACCGUGCAGGGCUGCUAAGAGACUCAGAAAUGGCACACAGGCAUUCAGAGUGUAUCAUGUGCCAAUGUAUACACCAGUCAUUGAAAUCUUACCAUAACACUGCCAUGAAGUAUUUAUGUGCCCAGGUUUACAGACUAAGGUACCAUGUUCCAAAAGACUGAGAAUUGGUAGUAUUGCUAAAUGUUAGGGUUGAAAAUGGGCCUUGCACUCAACUGCUCUGAAGGUUUGGUUUGGUUUGGUUUGGUUUGGUUUGGUUUGGUUUGGUUUGGUUUGGUUUGGAGACUGGAUAUGAGCCUUACACAUGUUUAGCACACUCUCUACCACUGAGGCACAUCCUGUUCCACAGGUUCUGCUCUUUGGACCACAACAGAGGGUGCUGCAAACUGAGGCAACAAGCUGGCCAUCAGAACCCCAAAGGCAGGGCCAGCUCUGCUCACAGCCUGGGAUGAGAUGUGCUAGUUACUAGCCUUGUUGAUGUAGCAAGAUACCUGACCACAGCAACUUAGGAAAAAGAAGGUUUCUUUCAACUCACAAUUUAAAUGCAUUCCGUCACUUGGUUAGGUGCGAAGCACAACUCCCCUGGGGCAGCAGAAGUGUGAGUUAACAGUUGGUCACUUACCCUCCAAGUCCUUCCUCCUUACUCAGUCUGAAAACCCAGCCCACAGAAUGGUGCUGCCAGCAUUCAGGGAAUGUCUUACCCCUCAAUUAAACCUCUGGAAAUGCUCUCAAAGCCCCAGAGAUGUCUCCUGGGCCACGCCAAAUUUAGUCAAGUUGACAGUUAAAAUAACCAUCACAGGUAAAAACCUGGGGCUCUGAGAGAAAGACCUCAGAUGAUAAGUCCAUACUUUUAAACAAUGGGGGGAGGAUGGGGAGGGGAACACCCAUAAAGAAGGGGAGGGGGAGGGGUUAAGGGGAUGUUGGCCCGUAAACCGGGAAAGGGAAUAACACUCGAAAUGUAAAGAAAUACUCAAGUUAAUAAAAAAAAAAAAAAAAAAAAAAAAAAAAAAAAAAAAACAUAGCCACUACUCUUGUACUCUUAUAAUCUGGUAGAAAAGGAUGGUUCUAGCCUCUACCAUGUUUUUUAAAAAUAAAAGUCACUUUAAGGUGCUCUUCCUUCCUUCUUGCCUUACUGAAUGGUCAAUCCUGUGUGGCUAAGCUGAGCCAGGGAGUUAAAAGCACCACAGUCUCCACUGAGAGCCAGCCAGCGGUAGAACAGCUGGAUAACAGGGUGCUUAGGGAGGCUGAGGCCUGCUGCCUAGAGAGUCAGGGGAGGCCUCAGCAAGGGAACAGGACUUGGGAGUCAGGAGGUUAUGGGGAUCUAGGGAGACUACAGGGCUGAGAAGAAAUGGGGAAGGCACGAAUGUGAAUGUGUAAACAGGCAGGCUGAGCUGCCUCUAGGCCUCCCACUAUUCACUGCCAAAAGGAGGGGUGACAUCAGUUUAGCUCACCUUUCUCCCCUUAGACUACUGUCUCUAUCACCCCUGAAUGACCACUCUUAAAUAGAAAGUCUGGGCUGGGGAAGUGGAGAGCACUUGCUUGAGGUCCUAAGGACAUUAAAGAAAGAGAGGAGAGGAGGGAAUUGGGGAGGGGCUAUGUGAGGGUGGCUACAAGGAGUCGGGCUGCAAUCAGGGUAUAAAGUAAAUAAAUAAAUCAAUUAAUGGAGGGGGAAAGAGAGAAGGAAAGAAAGAAAAGGAAGAAGAAAUGGUUAAAACACAAAAGCAAAAUUUUUCCAGGGAGGCCACACAGACACUCAGUAGUUAAAAGCACUUGCUACUAUUGAAAGCACCUGGGUUUGGUUUCCAGCAUCUGCAUGGUUCCAGAGGAUUUGAUGCCCUCUAUUGGCCUCUGUGGACAUGAGGCCCACAUGCAGUGCACAGACAUACAUGCAAGCAAAACAUUCAUACACAUAUAAAAAGAAAAUUAAAACCUUCCAGAGCAGCUGGGCAUAGUAGCUCCUUAAGCCUAGCACUUGAGAGAUAGAGACAGGCCUUUCUCAGUUCUAGGCCAGCUGGGCUUACAUAGUGAGUUCCAGGACAACCAGAGCUAACAGUGACAACCUGUCUCAAAAACAAAAACAAACAAACAAACAAAAACCAAAAAACUUCCAGAGGUUCCCACUGAACUUCAAUUACAUUUUAUUCUCCUGAUCUUCAGAAUGACUGCUUCUAACCAGCCUCACUUCUCCACAGAGUCCCACACGUAGGCCUUAUGUGCUUCUUUAAUAUACUCCCUUACAACAUGCACAUGUGCACACACACACACACACACACACGCAUACUCUCUCACACAUGCGCACAACACGCACGCGCACACACACACACACUCACACUCACUCACACUCAAGGCUCCUUGGAGACUCCUUCAGAGGACUAGCUCAGAUCAGCCCUUUGUGUAGGCAUCCUCCCUCUGUCCAGCUCAGUGCAUGCCUGUUCCCAGAGCACUCCACACGCACUUGUGGGUCUGUCUCCCAGUGAGAAAGCAGGUGCUCGGGAGUGGAAAGGCAGCAGACAAGGUGACGAACACCAGGUGGCUUUGUCACUAUUGAAGACAUUAAUAAUGAGACCCCCUGGGCAGGCAAAAAACGGCCUGUGCCCAUCAUCACGGUGUCUAGAAGCAGCUGCUUGGAAAGCUGCCAAGCAAUGGACAGGUGAGUCUGCAGAGCUGCAGAAGGCUCCUUCUUGACCUUGGCCGAGGCAGCCUUGCUAUGGUGUCCUUCAGGUAUCCAUAAAGUCAACUGUUACAGGAGUCUGAUUUAGUACUGGAAAGUGUUCUAACAAGUGGGAAAUAACACCCAUGGCUUGCCGCCCUCUGAAUCUCUAUGGCUGCAAACUUAAAGAAUAUUUAUGAUCCCUGGGAUCUGAAAUUUGGUGUCUAAGAAGCAAAGAAAGGUCAGAAGAUAAAUGAACGUGGACCAUCUGCUCUUGGGUGGGAAGCAAGUCCCCUGUUAUUCAGAGAUAUUCUCCCCAGUGCAUGAAACACCUGCUCUAUCUGAAAUCUCCAUGCCAACACAGCAAUUUUUAUUUAAGUUGAAAAAGACCUACAUCUACAAGGAGGGUAAGAAGCUAAAUACAAGCAUGCCGACUCACAGGGACUUAGGAAGACUCAGGGAAUCAGGAAGCUGACAAACAGCCCACAGUCCUCUUAGGGAAGGAGUAGCUUGUACUUUCCACAUUAAAUUCCUAGCACCAUGGCUUACUGGAGGAGAACACUCCUGGAGCCGUCUGCGUGGCUGUGGACAAGGAAAACCCAGGAGCUCGCAUAGGAGAAGCACCACCUCUUUAUGCUUCAUAGGCCUGCUGCUCAUCCAAUUCCCAACACUGUGCUCUGACAUUCCAGCAGAUGCUGCCUGCCACCACCACACCAAUCCUUCAUCCUUGGGGACCAAUGAGAAUGCAAGAUUCCCCAUUAAUCAGGGCCAUGGACACUGAAAUAGCUCAUCUGACCUUUGCAAAUACCAAAGGGUGGACGGAAAGCACAAACUGGCAAAGGUAACAUGAAAGUCUUCAGCUUUCCUUUCUGAGAUGACUUUAUGUGGUCAUUAGCCAGGAAACAGAUUGCUAUACAGCUCUGUGAGGUUAAAAAUGAGGUAGAAACAGGCACGUUAGAAGUGAGGUAAGCACGAACAACCUUAAUGAAUUAUUUAGUGAACAUUAAAAAUAUAUAGAGCUCGGAAAUCUCCUGGCAUUGGACUAAAAGCAAUUCUCUAAAUGAACACUCACAUGGAUUUCGAGGCACUGUGGACUCCAUCAGUAACAAAGAGCUGUAUCACUGCGAAGUGCAGAUCAGCCGCUGACAAGGAGACACACUCUCUUAGGGGCACGUGGUACAUGGGGCUAGCCUGGUUAUGAGCAACACACACAUGCUCAUUUCCUAUUGACGCCCUGUGCAUUUCACUCAUUUCUUCUAGUCAAGCAGUUUUAAGAGCAAAAGUGACCUUGUGGUAUUUCAAGGAUGUUUCUUUGCAUACAAAACUGUAUUCUAAGUAAUCUUAGUGAGAUGUAGAGCUCUGGCUUUUCCCAUUACAGCAAUUACUGAGAAUCUGAAGAACGCAAAAAGCUCUUGAGCUUGAGGAUAUCCUGGGCUACAUGGAGUACUAGGCCAACCUGGAUUAUGUAACAAGACACUAUCUCUAAAUUCUAAAAAUGAGGGGCUGGGGAUUUAGCUCAGUGGUAGAGCGCUUACCUAGGAAGCGCAAGGCCCUGGGUUCGGUCCCCAGCUCCGAAAAAAAGAACCAAAAAAAAAAAAAUCUAAAAAUGAAAACAAGUCAGGAAAGGAAACCUGAGGAACAAAGUUCAAAACAGUCACACAGGCUCACUGUCCCACAGUGAAUCUUUAUAAUGGCUUUGUGAGAUAUAAUUCAUAUACUAUAAAGGUCAUCCCGUGAACGGCACAAGUCCAGGAGAUUUGGUGUAUUUAUGUACUUGAACAAUUAGCUCUCCUAUUAACUCCAGAAUAUUUCUGUCCUGUUCCACAGUGCUAGGGAAUUUAAAGCACACUCUACCAGAACUGUAAAGGCAAUACCAACUGAGAGACACCCGAUCUCAACUCCAGAAUGUUUUUAUCAUCCCAGAAAGAAGCCUGGACCCCAGCAGUAGUCACUUUGCAGUUCCUAAUCUUCUCAGACUCAUAAGACUCCUCUCUGUACAGAGAGUUGUCUAUUCUGAACCUUUUAUAUAACUGCAAUCAGACAUGUGGCCUUUCGUGUCUGGCUUCUUUUACUGAACAUAUUUUACUUGUGUAAUUUUGUUUUGUUUUGUUUUGUUUUGUUUUGUUUUGUUUUGUUUUGUUUUGUUUUGUUUGAGACAGGGUCCCACUAUGUGGCUCUGACUGUUCUGGAACUUGUCUAACUGCUUCUGCCUCUUGAGUGCUGGGAUUAAGAGUGUGUAUGUACUACCAUGGAUGGCUCAUCUGUGUAAAUUUUUUUUCUUUUUCGGAGCUGGGGACCGAACCCAGGGCCUUGCGCUUGCUAGGCAAGCACUCUACCACUGAGCUAAAUCCCCAACCCCCUGUGUAAAUUUUAAUCAAUCCUUUUGUCUGGUUUCCUUCCUAUCUUGAACCUUACAAAUUUAAAAUAUAAUCUUGGGGCUAAGAAUGUAGCUCAGUGGUAAAAAUGUGUGCUUAGCAUGUACAAGGCCCUGGUUCAACCCUUAGUACCAUAGUGAAAAACAGAAAAGAAGCAUGUUCCUUUGCUAAAAUCAAGUCAAGCAUGGCCUUUGCUGCUGAUGAAUUAUUGACCCUAAGCUAGAAAUGUAGGCAGCAGGAGGCUGGUUUUGCUCUCUAAAUGUCACCCUCCAUGCUGGUCUAAUUUUAACAGAAGUGCUUAGAAAUUAGGAAUAUACUUAAUAAUAAAUACCACUUCACUUCCAUAUCAUCCCAAACAUUAAAUACAAUCUUCAACAAGGAACAGAAAGAACUCAACGCAGAUCUAGAUAAGACUUGCCUCCUAUUCAUAGAGAUCUCUGUCUAGCUAAGGUAAAGAGUUAGUUGUAUCCAGACCCAUUUGUAAGCAUAACUCCUAGAACUUCACAAUAUGGUUAUACUUGGAGAUAAGCAGUUAAGUUUAAAAGAGCUGUUAGAAGUUGGGCAGUGGUAGAGCAUGCCCUUAUUCCCAGCAUUCAGGAGGAGAGGCAAGUGGAUCUCUAUGAGUUCAAGGCCAGCCUGGUCUACAGAGGGAGUUCCAGGACAACCAAGGAUACACCAAGAAAACCUAUUUCAAAAAAACAAGAACAAAAUAAAAGAGUUGUUAGAGCAGCCCUAUUCAAUCUCAGAGGCCUAGAGGAAUGGCUGUGUGAGGACAGAGAAAGAAGGUAGGGUAGCCUUCUGCAAAAGCCAGGGAGAGGACCUUAGACUCUGGGCCUCCAGAACUGUGAGAGAGUAAGUACUGUCAAAGCAAGCCAGCGAGGUACUCUGUUAUGGUGCUGUUAGUAGACAUAUCACCUCUGGCUACUUUAAAAGGUGUGUGUGUGUGUCUGUGAGUGUGGCUUCUCACAGAAGCCUGAAGAGGACAUCAGAUCUCCUAUAGCUGAGCUAUAUGUAGUUUUGAGUAACCUGAAAGGAACUAGGAACUGAACUCCAGUCCUCCAGAAGAGCAGCCAGUGCUCUUUUUUUUUUUUUUUUUUUGGUUCUUUUUUUCGGAGCUGGGGACCGAACCCGCCAGUGCUCUUAACCACUGAGCCAUCUCUCCAGCCUUUCAACACUAUUCUUUUUUUUUUUUUUUAAGUUUUUUUUUUCUUUUUCUUUUUUUUUUUUUUUAGGAGCUGGGGACCGAACCUAGGGCCUUGUGCUUGCUAGGCAAGCGCUCUACCACUGAGCUAAAUCCCCAACCCUCAACACUAGUCUUAAAAACAGAAUUUUAUGGGGCUGGGGAUUUAGCUCAGUGGUAGAGCGCUUACCUAUGAAGCGCAAGGUCCUGGGUUCGGUCCCCAGCUCCGAAAAAAAGAACAAAAAAAAAAAAAAAACAAAACAAAACAGAAUUUUAUUUUCUUUUGUGAGCUCAGGCUAGCUUCAAAUGUGUGAAGUAGCAGAGGAUGGCCUUAAACAUUGGUCCUUCUGCCUCUACCUCCUGAGUGCCAGAAGUACAGGCUUGUACACAUAUGACAGGUUUCCUGCAGUGAUGGGGACAGGACCAAUGGGUUUGUGCAAGGGCAAACCUCUACCAACCUAGCUACGUCCCCAGUCCCAAAGUAGGACUUUUCAUCCCCAUUUCACAAAUGAAGAAUCUUAGGCUCAAACACUUUAUCAGAUCUAGGACUCAAAGAACAUUUUUCUGAGCUGGGAUAGAGCUCAAUGACAAAGUGUGGCCCAGGAUUUGCAAGGCUAUACAGUGAAGGAAAAAAAAUUGUCUAAUUUCAAAGCUUUUCUUCUUUCUAGAAAGUACAAUUUAUUAUAAUUUACCUUUUUAAAAUUUUUUAAAAAGUUACUCCUGUAUGUAUCUGUGUCCUGCCUGCAUAUAUAUCUGUGCACUACAUGCAUGCCCAGUGCCCACACUGACCUAAAGAGAAUGUCAGCUGCCCUGAACCUGCAGUUUCAGAUGGUUAUGAGUCACCAUGUGGCUGCUUGAACCUGAACCCAGGUCCUCUGGAAGGGUAGCAGAGCUCUUAACUGCUGAGUCGUCUCGUUAACCCUGUAAUUUAUCUUUUACUAUUCUUGUAGCACGUGAGUCAUACUGCUAGGAAAAACAAAGACAAAAAAAAAAAAACUUUAAGCUGGGCAUAGCACUGUAUGCCUAUAAUUCCUAGUCUUGGGAGACAAGAGGCAGGCAGAUCAGGAGUUCAAGGGCUAUCCUAUCCUGUGAGUUUGAGGGCAGCUGAGCUAUAUGAGAGUACCUCAAAAAAAUAAAAUAAUAAAAUAAAACAGGGGUUGAGAGGAUGGUUCUAUUGGUAAAGUGCCUGCCAGGCAACAGGGGACCUGAACUCAGACCCCAGGAUCCACACAGGAGCCAGGCAUAUUGGUGCAUCCCUUACUGCUCUAGCACGGAAGACGCAGACUCAGAAGGAUCUCUGGGGCUUGCCGACCAGCCAGUCUAGCUACAGGUUCAGUAAGACCCUGUUUCAACAGAUAAGGUAUAAAGCAACUUAGUUUUGAUUCAUUUGUUUAGUUUUGUUUAAGUUUUUUUUUUUUUUUUUUUUUUUUUUUGUCAACUGGACACAAGCUAGAGUCAUUUGAGAAGACAGAACCUUGACUGAGAAAAUGCCCCACCAGACUGGCUAUGAGCUAGCCUGUGGGGCGGACAUUGUCUUGAUGAUUAAUGUAGGAGGGGCAGCACACUGUGUGCAGUACAAUCCCUGGUAGGGGGUCCUCAGUGGAUAAGAAAGUAGACUGAACCAGCCUGGGGGGCAAGUCAGUAAGCAGUGCCCUCCAUGGCCUCUGCUUCAGUCCUGAGUUCCUGCUGACUUCCCUGGAUGAUGGACUUCAAUCUGAAACAAAUCCUGUCCUCCCCAAAUUGCUUUCGAUCAUUGUCUUUAUCACAGCAACAGAAACCCUAAUACAGCAUUUCAUGUUGACCUUUGGCCUUCAUAUGCAAUUUGAACCCAUACACUGUGGGCCUGCAAAAACACGCAUCUCAAGUUUGUUUUAAUAUUUUUAAUUAAUAGUAUAUUCUAGAAUAUACCUGAUACAGUCUAAAUUUAGAAUUAAUUCAUUUCAAAAACACUUUUGACUCAAAAGUGAAAAAAAAGCCACACAAUGAGUUGGGUAUUUUAUACAUAUUAUCCAAUCUGAGCUUUAGUAAUCCUGAGAUGAUAUUAGUCAUAAUUGAGAAAUAUGAAACUCGAAGACAUUAAGUCAAUACACCAUGACACUCUAUUCAUUUUUCAUCAUAAACCCUAGUCUGAGCACUUCAUUUUCAAAGACAAGUGAACUAAAUUCCAUUUGUUGGCCUUUCACUGAGACCUGGACUUUUUGGUGCUCUCUCUACCUAGGUGAAUAUGCCUGGGUUCCUCCUUGGAUGAGUAUAGAGGUCAGCUGAUGUUGUCCAAUGCCACUACGAGCCUACAUGGAGCUUCUAAUGCAAACCAGAGAAAGCACCCAUCUCAGCACAGAAGUAAUGCAGGGCAUGGCCUGUUACACUCUGCACUGUCUUCAGCUCAAACCGCUGGCGCUAGAGACAAUACCCAGAGAAAAGGCAGGGAAUAUUUACUUUUCCUUACCCACUGCCUGCCCUCCUGCAUACUCAAGCUCCCUUUACCCUUGUGGGCCAAGCGAACCAUGCUUUGUGGUCAUACUGAUUCUAUAGGACAGGGCCACGCCUAUUCACAGUGGAUGGUCAGUGGGGCAUGGGGCAUGUAGAAGGAGUACAGAGCAGGAGCCAGAAAGAGGAGCCAGGGGAGGCCAUGGGAGGAACAGACCACGUGAAUGAGGAGCAGGAUCCUAGCAGCCAGAGCAAGUCAAAAGCCAAGGAACAUCAGAGGCCCUGAAGGACACUCUGCUUUGUGUUCUUAUAGAGCGGUACUGUUUAUACACACAUGUCCUCUUCUACCACAGACAGAUGCUUCUAGAAGCUCAAAGUCUCCUAGAAACACCCCUCCUACUUUAAUCUGAUAGGCUAUGAAAAAAGUGCCCAGGGAGUAAUUGUGGCAGGGAGGCAGGGGAACAGGAAGGAGGGGGAAUGGGACAACACUGGACCAGUGGCUCUAUUAUAAGAUGGCGCUGUCCAUAGUGUAGCAGUAAGCCUUGCCUCCUGGGAAGAGCAGAUCUCCUCACAUGUACAUCAGACAGAAAGAGAGCCAUCCUGGGCAGGAUGGAAGCAAAGGCUCCAAACCUGGUGAUAUGCCCCUAAAUGAUGCACACUCUAGGUUAUCAGGAGCUAGAAGAGCUCCCACACGGCGGCUGCAGAUCCUUCCUCAGCAGGUACGGUGGGAUGGGUCAGGGUGGCAGUGAUGAACACCGGACCUGUCUUUCUGCUUCUGUCCCACAUAGUGCUGGGACACCAAGAAAACUACUUUUCCAUCAUUCAGCAAGCUUUCUCCUAGUUGGGAAUGAGCCUCAAUUGGGGCCUCAGGAAGCAAUGGGACCCAGCAAAAAUCACCCUUGGAUCUUUUACUGCUUUUAUUUAUUAUUAUUUUGUAUAAGUAGUGGAAGUAGUGGUGAACCAAACCUAGAGAACUUGACUUAUCAAUACCUUCCUCUCUCCUUUUACAUUUUCAUAAAUUAAUUUAUUAUUAUUACUAUGUGAGUAUGCAUGCAUAAGCACAUGCAUACAUGGGCAUGUGCAUGUGUAUGUUUGUUAGCACACAUGUGCCAUACCAUGCACGCAAAGGUCAAAAAACAACUCUAGAGAAUCAGCCCUCCUACCGUGGGAUCCAGAGAUUGAACUCAGGUGGUCAAGUUGUGCUGUGAGCACCUCUGAGCCUGAGCCUGCCUUUUUGCAUUUUUCUUAUUUUAAUGUUAUUUUGCAUUAAUGCCAAGUGAAGAGGGGAAAAAGUCUUUUGUAAAUAAAUUUUCCCAAAUUAAAAAAAAAUGAGGCCAGGCAUAGUGGCACAGGCUUUUAAUCCCAGUGCUUGGGAGGCAGAAGCAGAUCUCUAUGUGGGGAGUCGCAGGCCAGCCAGAGAUACAUAAUGGGAACCUGUUUCAGAAAACAAAACAAAGAAUCAGUGUAGGAAAACAUAUGCAUGGGUAUCUCAGAAACACGGGAUGCCUGAAGAUGGUCCUAAGGAUGAAGAGAAACUCUCAGCCAGUACCUUGGAGUACAGGGAAGAGAGAGAGAGAAAAAAACAGAUGUCUAUCUGGGGCCACUGGGCUGGGAGGACCUAGUGAAGAGAGGCCAUUUCAUCUUUCUAUGGAGAAAGUCCUAGAGCAUGUUAUGUGAGUUCAGUUUCUGAUGCUAAUAAUAUGAUAUUAUAGACUGGUUGCAGUACAAAUAAGUUAGUCAUAGCCCAUAGUUCUAGAGGUCAAAGGUCAGUAGGGUACCUCUAGUUACGGCCUUUUGGAGAUAGAGGUCCCAGAGAAACACAAGAUAAUACCAUGGCAAAGAACAGGGAAGCAAGUCUAUCAAUGUUCACCUCUUCUAGUCUUUUCUUAUAAAUACCCCAGGGUUCAGUCAUGGGAGCUCCACCUUACCUAACCCUAAAUACCUCCCAAAGGCACCCCAUCUGAACAACAAUUAGAAUGAGUUUUCAUCAGCUUCAUACUGAUGAUAGGGACUGAAUAUUAACCCACAGAACCUUGGGGGACAUGUAAUAACUGCAUGCAAACCACAGCAGAUGGAGCCUCUAGAUCCUGGAGCCCUACCGAGCUAGUACUGUCGUCAGCAUGGGCCAGAAGUGAGUUCAUGUCUGUUCUCUGACUGUCACCUACUCUGGGAGGCACAUAACUCAGACUCAUAUGAAAACCUGCCUUGGGCACUGCAAGUAAAUGACCAGCACCCCUCAACAGACGGCAGUCACCUCGCAUACCCAGCUUUUAUUUUUAACUGUCACAAAGCCAAGUCUGAAGUUUCAGUCUCUGAAGUAUUCCUCAGGGUUAGAGAAACAGCACCCUGCCUCUUUGUCCUGACCCUAAUUAAAGGAUGCACGAGGCAUCUGAUUUCUCUUUAUGUUACUGCUUAGCAAUGAAGGGGAGCAACACUUACUUGGAAAGACCCUGUGGUUCUGAAAAGCAGAAGAGAUGUGUCAUAGUAAAGUGGAGGAAACUGGAUUUGAUAUAUAAAAAGUUGUAGCCAUGGGGCAGCAACAGAAAUUCAGUUUCCUCCUGACUAGCAGGGGGGCAGCACCAAGAAUCGAUACCUGUUUGAUACACUUCAUGUGAAAACCAGUGGGAAGUGGCAGUGAAGGGUUCUUUCUUAUUUUAUGGGUAUGACUGUUUUGCCCGCAUGUAUCUUUGUGCACCAGUACUUGAAGAGGUGAUAGAAGGGCAAGGGAUUUCUUGGAACUGGAGUUAGAGGUAGUUGUGAGCUGCCAUGAGAGUGCUGGGAAUUGAACCUGGGUCCUCUGUGAGAACAGCCAGUGGUCUUUACUCCUGAGCCAUCUCUGCAGCCCCAAUUAAAGUGUUCUUAGGAGAAAGCUUUCAAGAAAAAAAUAAAGUCUUGCUCAGAGGGAGGCCAGGACUGCAGGAGGGCAGAGUCUCAACAGCCUCCCUGGUUGUAUGUCCUACCUCUACAUUUCCAGGAAGGACCUGGAACUCAGUGGGAGAUGUCCAGGCUUUAACAGAGCUGUCAUUAUACAGUAUGACCCCAGAACCACAUUACAUGCCACAGCCCCUCCUUAGCAGAGGACUAGUACAUGGUACCCACCCUGAAAAGAGUAUGAAGUGAAUGGGCAUCCUGGGGUUCAGUGGCUCACAGGCUAAUUCACAAUAGCUUUUUCAGGGGGCUUUGUAGCCAUGUUUGUAUGAAACACUCCCAGACUCUCACACAGAAUCUAAAUAAGAGAAAUGUUAAAAGGCGCAAAGGCAUGUUACUUCAGGACCCAAAGCCACUGGCCAGUAGAAGGAGAAUGUCUGUAUGGCCAAAUAUGUGACUGCCAUGCACAUGGUGGCUAAAAACAUGCUGCUAUGACAAGCACAGGCUAUAAAAUGAAGCCUACACAGGCCCCAUUUAUGUAAAAGAGACUCCAAGGGAAACAACCAGUGAGUGGAUCAGAAGCUGCUCGGCAUUACCUCCUGGAGUCCAGUGAAUGGCAAUGGGCUUACUAGUGAAGAACUGAGGUUCCUUCCUAUAUUUAUAUUUUAAAGUAAGAAUGGGUUGGUGUCCUAUGACAUUUGUGUGUUACGCAAACUGAAUGAGGGACAAAGUGUUUGGGGGUGUCCAGCUGGCAUAAAAGGCCAGGGACAGAGCCCUGCGCAGAAAAUGCCAUGGGAAGACCUCCCCAAGCCAUCUAAGACAUAUCCACAUUCCUUCCUCUUACCAACCCAACAGGAAGGCUGAUACACACACCUUCCCCAAGCAGCCUGCCUUACCGUUCCCAUAACAGAGCUGAUGGUUACACCCAACAGGCCAAUCCCUCCCCACUGCAGCCUCUGUCCUUUCCCUUGAAGGAGCUCUGAGCCAGGGAUCAUGACAUAGUCAGUACCUCAAGGCUGUCAAGAUUUAAAGCAGAAGACUCCUAGGAAUAUUCUCUCACACAAGAACCUCGAUCAGCGAUUUCAGUAAAAAACUGAAGGGCAUCUUUUUCUGCCUCCAAACCCUUAUCGCUCUCUGGUCAAUUCCUGCUUAUCCUUCAAAACCAGGUCCAGGCACCUCCGGAAUGGUCUUCUCUCCACAUCACACUCAGUAAAUUAACCAUCUCUCCUGAGCCUCCCAUUGGCUUUGUUUCUCUUCCAUCUUGAAAUAAUGUGCUUCCACAUAUCUCAGCACAAGCUCCUAAACUUGGCCCUGAGCAAGGUACUCAGGGCCCUGUGGCAAAGGCUUAUCCCUCAUCCUGUUUCCCAGGGUAGUACCUGCUUGACUGGGUUUCCAGGUCAGGGAACUGCCCCACUAGGAAGCAUGAAGUCACUGAAAGUCAAGACAAUGUUAGCUGUGAUUUCAGCUCUGUCACAUAACCACGAGUGACCUCAGACUCUUGGUUCUACCUUGAUUCUAAGCCACAGCACCACCUGACUAGCAUCUACUUCAAAAAAAGACUUUUUUUUUGUUACAACCACCAUAUAGUACCAUCCCAGGAAAUAUGGAAUGCUGCAAAACAAAAUAUUUAACCCAUGGUUCUUAUACUCUGCCCUCUUUUAGAAAUGCACCCUUAAUUUUGGUUCUAUGUAGGUGCUUCAUAAAAUAUCUCUAAAGAUAAUGUAAACAGCCUUCACACUCAUUAACAUGGCUAUGAUUAACAAAACCAGAAAAACUGUCAGGGGAGGUAUAGAGAAAUAUGACCUCUGGUGUACUUCUGGUACAAAUGAAAAUGGAAUGGCUGCUUUGGAAAACAGUAUAACUGCCCCUAGAAAUUAAAAGUUAGCUGGCAAGCUGGGCAUGGUGGUGUAUGCCUUUAAUCCCAGCACUUGGGAAGCAGAGGCAGCCUGAUCUAAAGAGCUAGUUCCAGGCCAGCCAGGGUUAUGUAGAGAGACCCUGUCUCGUAAACAAAACAAACAAACAAACAGCAAAAAAGUUGGCUGGUUAGGGCUUACUGUAUAAAAUAGCUUGUGAUGUUCAAUAUCGGAAAAGUUAAUUCUACUUUUAAAUGAACGAAUCUUAAAUGUAAGUGCCUGGUGGAACCUGCAAGGAAGCACAGUUAAGACUGAGGAGUCUGCAGAACUCCUCAGAGGGAGCAACCUCUUAACCUCAUGCACUUAAAAACAAGUUCUAUUGAACUCCUUCUUGCUCUUUUUAGAGACUGUUGUCUCUUGUGUAUGUGUUAUCAUAAGAUACAGAGAAAUUUAUCAUUUCAUGAUAACAUGGCAUACCUUAUGCUAUUUACAAAAUAUGUGUCUAAGACAUUUAUAAUUCCUGGGAGAAAAAAGUAAAAUGCUAAUUUGUUAAAAAAAAUUACACACACAUAUGGUGCAGCAUGUACACACAUACACACAAAUUUUUAAAAAUUAAGAAGAAAUAUAAAGUUGGAGGAAGAAAUUAAAAGUUGGUUUCCCAUAUUAUCCAGCAAUUCUAUUUCUGGCUAUGUGCCCAAAUGCAUAAAAAGCAAGAAUUCCAACAGAUGAGUGCUGGGAGGUUUUAUGUCAACUUGACACAAGCCAAAGUCAUGUGAGAGGAGGGAACCUCAACUAAGAAAAUGCCUCCCUAAGAUCGGGCUGUAGGUAAGCAUGCAGGGCAUUUUUAAAAUUAGUGGCUAAUAGGGGAGGACCCAGCCCACUGUGGGUGGUACCAUCUCUGGACUGGUCGCUCUGGAUUCUAUAAGAGAAUAGGCCAAGUAAGCAGCACCCUCCAUGGCCUCUACAUCAGAUCCUGCCUCCAGGUUCCAGACUUGUUUGAGUUCCUGUCCUGACUUCCUUCAGUGAUGAACUACAAUGUAGAAGUGUAACCAAAAUAAACCCUUUCCUCCACAGCUUACUUUUGGUCACGGUGUUUCAUCACAGCUAAAGUAGUCUUAACUAGGAAAAGAUGUUUAUGCACCCUUAUUCAUAAUGGUAUUAUUCAAAAUAGUCAAAAGGAAUAAUUAGCCAAGUGUCCAUCAGUAAACAAAUGUAUUACAGGACAUAGUCUGGCCAUAAAAUGAAAUAUUAUUCAGCAUUUAAAAAGAAGAAAAGGUGGGUGUAGUGACACAUGAUUUUAAUUCCUGCACUCAGAAGCAGAGGCAGGAGGAUCUUUGUGAGUUUGAGGCCAGUCUGGUCUACAAAGAGUUCCAGGCAAGCCAAGCCUGUCUCAAAAAAAUCUGACAUGUACUCUAACAUGGAUGAGCCCUGAAGAUAUAUGAAGUAGGUCAAGCAGGCUUUUAAGAGAUACAUACAUACAGUUCAUUUAGACGAGGUUCUUGAGCAGUCAGAUUUAUAGAUAGAAUAUAGAAUGGUACUUGCUUGGAAACACGAGGGAAUGGAGAGUUAGUGUUUAAUGGACAUACAAUUUCUGUUGGGAAAGAUUUUAAAAAGCUUCUGGAAAUGAUGGCUGUGGCUGCUGCACAAGGACAUUAAAUGUGAAUGUACUUACUACCACUGAGUUCUAGAUUUAAAAUGGUUGUGGUGACAAAUAUUAUAUUAUGUGUAUAUAUACUUUGCCAAAAUAAAACCUCAAGUCUGGAGAGCUGCUUUGUGCACAGGAAUGUGACUCAAUCAGGAAGACACAGAUGAUUUUUAAUGAUCUUUCCAAAAGGUGCUAGAGACAGUCUCCCUUGUCACUUUUUCAGUCCUGAGGGAACAGAGGACCACAGUUCCCAUAAAGCAGCUGACUUUUCUGGAGAAGAGUCCUUGCUUUACCUGGGUCCUGACCCAAGACAAACCUGUGCUAGGUAGCAUGAAUGUAGAUAGGGCAGAACAGUUCACCCCAGAUAUCACUGACCUGCCCCAUACACAACUCCACAGGAAGCUAGGCAAGCGAGAUGACAGCAGCAGGCUGUGCUGUGGGCCACACUGGGCUUCAAUCCUGCUGGGGUUUUUGAUUCUAAGAAAGUCAUGAGAGAGGUAAAAUUACCCAGCACACUUACAGGAUCACUUCCUUAAAACUUCCAGAGAGAAAGCUGCAAAACUCUUAAGAAACAGACUUGGUUCCAAACACAUGAGAUGUGUGCUGGAGCCUACAGCCCACUGAGCACUGCAGUGAGAGCCAGCUUCCUCCAACACCCAGAGGGGUAAACAUGAUUCCUCUCUUCCUCCCACCAAUACACUGUCAGGGUAAAUCCCUAUUCCCCCUCUCCUCUCUUAGAGAAUAGGAAACCUGUAAGUAUACUGAACCCCAUUCCAGAGCCAAAGGCUAAUGAUCACACUUAAACUGGCAAAUAUUUAUCAGAUACACACGAAAUGCCAUACCUCUGCAGAUAAGGAAUUGCUGUCAGCAUAAGACCCUGAACUAGACCUGGAAGGGGUUACCAGAUCUAAACCAUAAGAGCGAGCGAGACCACUAUCUAGGAGCUACACACAGCCGGGGAGAGCACAAGAACAGCAGUGCCUGCAAGGGCCUGCAAGGGAAGAGACAGGAAGGAGCCCAGCCAGUGAGGGCCUCCACACCAGGGUCGUUGCUAAGUGGUUCAGGAUAUGGGGAGUCCCAGGAGGUUCUCAACAGGUUUGUCCCAUGUGUGGGGCAUACAAUACAGAAAGGGAAGGAGAACAGGGAAGGAGGCCAGCAAAGAGCAACUGAUCAGGCAGAUCAGGGCUAGACCAAGUCAGAGAAGGCAAAAACCUAGGUGAAACAAAUGUUAUGGAUUCUAUAAAAACAAACAAAAGAAUCGAACACCAGCAGUGAAGCCUCCAGAUGAGACACAGAGCCUGAGUUCAGCCAGAUUCUCCGCCUCCUGGCCUCCCUUCUGACAUUGCUCACCUCUGGAGCCAUCUGUCCGAUGUAUGAAACUGAGAGGAACGAGUCCCAUGGACACCUUUUUAGAAACACGCCAUUGCGAGUGACAUUUUCGGGUGUCAAAGUUAGACUUGUCUGCUGGCAGAUCGAAUAUGCCCAGCUGACGAGAGACUGCAACACCAACAAUUAUAGAAACAACUCAACAAACUCAAGAGACUGCAAAACAAACUCAAGAGGCUGCAACACCAACAAUCAUAGAAACAACUCAGCCUCGGAUCUGGAACUCAAACCGACCGCUCUUUCAUCUCGUCCAGCACAUCCAGCAGACAACAUGGUAGGCCCCUGGAAAAGGGCCCUCACUUCUCAACCACAGCAGCUCAGGGGAACUGGAAGGAAGCCAAACUUCACGACCUUUCAGAGAAGCAAGUGGUGAAAAUACCAUACAGGUACAGGACUUCUCUGUGCAAGAAGACAGCACAAAACAGCACACAUCAUGUGACUCCCCUUAGCUGCACCACCAGACAGGCAACACUCACCUACAGAGACGGACGAGAUCAGUGGCUGCCUCCGGGUGUGCUGACAGGAAGCCAGCCUAGGAAGGGGCUUGAGAACAAAACAAAACAAACAACAGCCUGUCUUGGGUGAGGUUGACUGUCCAUGUCUUGGCAGGGUGCAGACUACAAAGCACACAUUUGUCAAGAAUGCAUCAACUAAGAUUUGUACAUUGUAUUUCCUAUAGGAAAACCAUAAGACGUCUCAAAAAACAAAAAAGGAAAACCAUAUCUCAAAGAAAAGAUCAGAAAGCAAAUAUACAAUAUUUAUUAUAUACAAAUAAACUUACUAUAUUCACAACUAUAAAUAAAUGUAGGAAGUAUAUGAAUAUGUGUAUACACACAUAUAGACUGGAUUCUUAAGACCACUCCUAUGGAGGGGUAAGAGUUUCGAGACAAACUAAAAGCUACCUUAUAAAAUUUGUCCUUAUGUUGCAGGGCUGGGCAUGAACCUGAAGAACCUGUUGUUCAAACACAUAAAUGAGUAGGACACGACCUAUCCAAAAUCACACAGCAAAGCAAUUUCAGAGUGGUGACCAAUCCCAGACGUCCUAGGUCCCCGCCUGAGACAUAUUUCUCUGUUUGAAAUGAGUGCCAGAAAAAGCCAAGAAAACAGAAACUAAAGGUGGUUUAGGGAACAGCUCCAUUAAGCCCUCAAACCAGGAGCUAAGCCAAACUAUUCUUCCUACCAAGCAGUCUGAAUCAGGAGAUUAACUUUCAAACAAUAAAAGUAUUUACCCCAUGAGUGAGUCAAGCACCCCUCUACCAAAUGGCAUCUGGCUACCUCCUCAUCGAGCCUGUCUAACAAUAACAAGCAGUCAAAUGAAAUGACUGACAAGAAGCUGUGGGUAAACAGAAAGCCCUGUGGCUGUCAUGACACUGACUCAGUGUGGGACCCUGGGAAUCCUCCUACUGUGGCAAAAGCACAGUUGCCUUUGUUCAGAUCACGGCACAAACUGGAGUAGCGUCUCUCUCUUUUUUUUUUUUUUUUUUUUGCAUAUUCUUUGUGGGAGGGUGUUUUGUUUUGUUUUCUGAGAUAGGGUCUUUCUGUGCAGCCCCAGUUGUAUGGAACUCACUAGGAAGACCAGGCCGGCCCUUAACUCAUAGAAAUCUGACUGCUUCUGCCUUCCAAGUGCUGGAAUCAAGGGCAUGUGCCACCAUGCCCAGCCUGAAUGAGAUACUGGCCAUGGGGGACCCUGAGAGAGCUUCAGGCGGAGAGCUAAUUACCACAAAGACCAAGGCAGGCUCAAAAGGUUGGAACUUUCAGUCCUUAACAACCCCACCCCACUGAAGGGUGUGGCUCUGAAGCCAAGCCAGCCUCCGAUACCGAUGUGUAAUCAACCAUGGCUACCCUGCUGAUACCUCCAUGGUGCCCUAACAGAUGGACUGUAAGACCCCAGACAGGAACAUGCAAAGGGGCUGGGAGAUGGUGGACACAGUAAGGCACAGAUGCCUCAUGCUGGUCCCCCUUUUCUUGUCCUAGGCACUGUUCCAUUUGGCUGUUCAUGGGCUGAAUCUUUUACAUCAGUGUGAGUAGAGUGUGCUGAGUUCUGUAAGCUGCUGUGGCAAACUAUCAAGCAGGAGGAAGGAGUCAUAGGGUUCCUACCUCGGAGCUGACUACUCAGAAGCACAGAGGUAGUAACCAAGGCUCACUGAUGCACGAAGUGAGAUAGUUGUAGAGGAGUCAACCCUACCCAAUGGGGCCUGCACCCACUCCAAGCAGUGGUAGAACCGAACAGUAGUACAGGACUCCCAGUUGGUGGUGGUGGGGAGGGGGUUCACAUUUUGCUGUCAGAAGUGUUUAUAAGGGUAAAAACAGCAUAGGCUUACCCUCUCUGGGCCUGUUUCCCUUGUGCAAAUGAGAGAGGCCAAAGGAAACUGGGACUCUUUUAUCUGGAACCCUGUGAUUCUUUGAGUGGCUGGUUUAAGAAUUUUCUGAAGUUGGGGCUGGAGGGGUGGUUCAGUGGUUAAGACCACUUGCUCUAGCAGGACACACAUAGUGACAUAGUGACUCCACCACCUGUAACUCCAGGUGCAGGGACUGAAGCCCUCAUCUGACCUUGGCAGGCUCCAGGUAUGCCUGUGGUACACGCACGCACACACAUACACACACACACACACACACACACACACACACAGGCAAAACACUCACACAUGAAGGGGGAGGAGAAGGGGAGGAAGGGGAGGAAGAGAAGGAAAAGGAGGAAGAGGAGGAAGAGAAAAAAGAAGAGGAAGAGGAGGAAGAGGAGGAGGAAAUAUUUCAGAAGUUAACCUAAGAAUCUGACUCUCUCUCUGAAAGGCACUAGCAAAUUCAGCUUUCAAAUUCCCCAGCAGCACAAUUUCCCAGGCCACAUUUCCUUACUUUGACUAAUGAUCUGCCAGAACUAUAUGAUUUAUCCCUGCAGUAGCAGCAAAAGAACAGGGCACUUAAUAGUAUUUCUACCGUGGGUCCCUGUUCUCGUCGCCAGCUCUCAAAGAUGCACAGCCCAACUUUCUGAGAUGAAACCUCUGAAGCUGGAUGUGGUGGCUCAUAUUUCUAUCUCAGCACUCAGGAGUUUUAGGCACAGAGAUUAUUGUGUCAGUUGAAGGCCAGCCUGGGCUACAGUGGAUUCCAGACUGUUUGGAGAUAGACUGAGUUGUUCUCUAUUGCACUUAAUUUAAAAACUAAAACCCCAAAGAGAAUUUUUGACAUGCCUCCCAGACUACCAAGCCAGCAUUUCACUAAUGGUUAAACAGCAGCUGGCAGCCGGGAAUGGUGGCUCAUGCCUUUAAUCCCAGCACUCUGGAGGCAGAGGCAAUAAAAUAUGAGUCAAGCCAGGCACAGGGUUGUGCACUGUAGUCUCUGCUGCGUAGGUGGCUGGGUUGACAGGAUCACUUGAGCCCAGGGGUCGGAGGUCACUCUGAGUAACAUAUCAAGUCCACGUCUCUUUAAGACAAACAGACAACAUCUAUGCAUAUGAAUGAUAUUACCUACCUAGAAUUUUGUGAAAAUUAAACAAAAUUAAGUUUGCAAGAUAUUUAGCCAAGGAGAGCUGGGGACAUAGAUCAGUAGUUCAGUGCCUAGCAUGUGCAAGGCCCUGGAUUUGAACUCCAGCACCAUAAAAGCAAACAAACCACAAGGUACUUCUCUGGGAUCAGGAGGGUCCUAAGGGUGGAAAAGUUAAGCUGAGAAGCAGAGCAAGGAGAUGGCGGGGAAGGGGGCAGAGCAAAGAGUCAACCUCCUCAUAUCAAAGGCCACAAGAAAACCUGCUAACUAAAGAGUAAGUUUUGAAGCCUGGUGCAACAGUGCACAUUUACAGCCCCAGCGCUGGGGGACAGAGACAGGCAAAUCUUGGGGAGUCACCCAGCCAGGGUAGCCAAAAUGGAGAGUUUCAAGUUCAGUGAGAUUCUGUCUCCAAAAAUAUAAAGUAGAUGGGCUAGCAAGAUGGUUCAGCAGGUAAAGGUGUUUGCUGCUACCAAGCCUGAGGACCUGAGUUCAAGCCCCAGGACCCACCUGGUAGAAAAACAGAACCAACUCCCACAGUCUAUCUCUUAACUUCCCCAUGUGUACAAUGGUGCAUACACUCACACACCUCCACACAUAAUAAAUAAAUGUAAUAAUAAAUAAGGUGGACAGUGGUAGGGGAAAACACCAGAUGUUGACCCCUGACUGCCACAUGUACAAAUGUGGGCAAACAUCCCACACACACACACACACACUUAGCCCUCAGUGGGAUAUCUAUAUCUCCCUCCCCAAGUCUCAGAGAACACCAAGGAGAAAGGGACAGCAGGGACAUAGAGCUGAAGAACAGGUCUGAUAUUGUCUUCUAGAUGUGACAUCCUGUUGCACUUUUAAAAGUUUCUAUAUGUCAUGAGUGACUCUCUCUCUCUCUCUCUCUCUCUCUCUCUCUCUCUCUCUCUCUCUCUCUCUCUGUGUGUGUGUGUGUGUGUGUGUGUGUGUGUGUGUGUGUGUGUGUGUGUGUGUGUGGUGUUCCUCAACAUGCAUACAAGUGCCAUGGCAUGUAUGUGGUAGUUCUGUAUUUCCAUACUCUGAGUCCUGAGGAUUGAACUCAGGUUCUCAGAUUUGACAGCAAUUGCCUUCACCUUCUCUUAAACUCAGAGCAGCUCUGAUUACAGACAAUGAUUGGGCCCAGCACCAUUGUGCCAUGAAAGUGGAGGGCCUCAGUGAGGAGGCCUUGCCCAUCCCUGAGGGUUCUUUAACAGUUAACAGUUGUUAUGGGGGAGGAGUUUACCAGGUUCCAUCCCUCUUUGAGUACUUGUAGGCAGAAAAUGGUUGUAGGAGGGAGAGACUGUUUUAUUAGUGUCCACACAGGUAAGUUAGUUACCUGUGCUUUUGUAAGUAAUCCUAAUUAAACUCACUGGUUCACAGAAACAAAAUACCCAGGAAAGUAAGAGGGGGGGCCUAACUGGGCAGAACAAGGCAAGGACUGGGAGGAAAAAGAGAGGAAAACGGGAGUGAUACACUCAAAAUACAGCAAGAAGCGCCAUAGAGGAACCUGUUAAUAUGUAUAACCAAGGGGCUGGAGAGAUAGCUCAGAGGUCAUUGUCUGCUCUUCCAGAGGUCCUGAGUUCAAUUCCCAGCAACCACAUGGUGGCUCACAACCAUCUGUAAUGGGACCUGGUGCCCUCUUCUGGUAUAUAGGUGUACAUGCAGGCAGAAUGCUGGAUACAUAAUAAAUAAAUCAAAAAAAGUAUGACCAAUAAAAGCUGGGCAUGGUGGCCCACUUGGGAGGCAGAAGCAGGAGGGUCCCUGUGAGUUCCAGGCCAGCUUGGUCUACACAUCUCGGCUAGCUAGGGAUACACGAUGAGACCUUGUCCAGCCCUACAAAGGGGAAAAAGGUACAAAAAAAAAAAAAAAAAAAAAACAAACUUAAUCCAGGAUUUGAGGAGGAGUCAGACAAAUUAGUCCUCAUAACUCCAAGUGUUUUAUCCUUAGGCUCCACUAAAAAAGAAAUAAAAGCAUGACACCAUAGGCAAAAGCAGCAAAAGACAGAUUGGAAUGAAAACUGCUCACUGAAGGACACUAGCAACAAAGUAAAAAGCUCCUACAGUGAGGUGAACAUUUGCUGUGGGAUUGAUACCCAGACUACACAGGAAACUCCUAAAGCUGAACAAAAUUAACAUCUCAAAAACUAGGUAAAGAACUUGAGCAGAUCCUUCUCCAAGAAGAUAGUCAGUAGCAACAUGGAAAGAUGUUCAACAUCAUCAAUUAGAGAAAUACAAAUCAAAACCACAAUUAGGGGCAAAGGAUGCAGCUCAGCAUCAGAGCAACUGGCUUGCACUGUUAUGAGGUCUUGCAUUCAACAACGCACAGCACUGUAAAAAAAAAAAAAAAAAAAAAAAAGGUGAGGAGAGAGCAUGCCUCGCUCAGUACACGGGCAUUACCGAGGAAAGCAGCAGAACUGAGAAUCGGUUGUUAAUGAAGAUGGGGGAUGGAGUUUGUACGCUGCUGGUGGGAAAUCAAGUGUUGUACCUGGGAAACCAACAUGGUGGAUCCUCAAAAACUACAAAUGAGGGUUGGGGAUUUAGCUCAGUGGUAGAGCGCUUGCCUAGCAAGCGCAAGGCCCUGGGUUCAGUCCCCAACUCCGGAAAAAAAAGAAAAGGGAAAAAAAAAUACAGGUGGGGCUGGGGAUAGAGCUCAGUAGUAAAGCACUCACCUGGCACAUGUGAAGGCCUGAGGCCAAUGCCCUCAGAGUCACAAAAAGUUAAAAAUGAAUUACCACAUUACCUACCAAUUUCACUUCUGGGUUAAAUUAGUCCAAACAAAUUUAAAACAAAGAUAUGAACAGAUAUUUGCACACUCAUGUUAAUAGUAGCAUUAUUAACAGCAGCCAAGAAGCAGAAGGAACUGAAAUGUCCAUCAGUGGAUAUGGACAAUGGAAUGUAACAAAGCCUUUAAAGGGAGAGACAAACUGACACACUCUAAUACAUGAACCUUUAAGAAGUUCCAUAUGAGGGGCUGGGGAUUUAGCUCAGUGGUAGAGUGCUUGCCUGGGAAGCACAAGGCCCUGGGUUCGGUCCCCAGCUCCGAAAAAAGAACCAAAAAAAAAAAAAAAAAAAAAAAAAAAAGAAGUUCCAUGUGAAACAGACACAAAGGACAAAUCCUGGAUGGUUCUUCACCCGCAAGUCCUAGAGAGUAAUGUUCACCAUAACUGAAGCAGAAUGGCGGUUACCAGGGGCUGGGGAUGGCGCCCAGGUGAGUGGUCAUGAUGGAUGGUGGUGAUGCUCCACACAGAAAUGAGCACCAGGACCACUGUAUUGUGUGUUUAAAAUGGUUAAACGCCCCCGGGCCAAGGGACAGCUCAGUCAUAUAAGGACCUAAGCCUGAUCCCCAAAACCCACAUAGAAAUUCACUAGGAACAGCCUUUAGUCCCAGCAGUUGAAGGCAGAGGCAGACAGAUCUCUAAGCUUCAAGCCAGCCUUGUCUAUAUAGCAAGACUCCAUCUAAAACAAAAAUGCUCCUCCACGUUCCAGAGACAGCCACAUCUCCUCGGGCAGUGUCAGCCUCAUCCCUCACACAUGAUGGUGAAGGAAAGAGUGAAUGUAUUUGGCCAUACUGGGUGCCUGGUUACCAGGGCUGCCUUCUCUGCCUCUGGCAAAGUGGAGAUUGUUGCCAUCAUCGACCCCUUCAUUGACUCAACUACAUGGUCUACAUGUUCCAGUAUGACUCUACCCACAGCAAGUUCAACUACACAGUCAAGGCUGAGAUGGGAAGCUCGUCAUCAACAGGAAGCCCAUCACCAUCUUCCAGGAACGAGAUCCCGCUAACAUCAAAUGGGAUGAUGCUGGUGUUGAGUAUAUCAUGGAGUCUACUGGCAUCUUCACCACCAUGGAGUAGGCUGGGGCUCACUUGAAGGGUGGGGCCAAAAGGGUCAUCAAAUCUGCCUCUUCUGCCAAUACCCCCAUGUUUGUGAUAAGUGUGAACCAUGAGAAAUAUGACAACUCCCUCAAAAUUGUCAGCAAUGUAUCCUGCACCACCCACUGGCUAAGGUCAUCCAUGACAAGUCUGUCAUCAUAAAAGGACUCAUGUCCAUAGUCCAAGUCAUCACUGCCAUCAGAAGACUGUGGAUGGCCCCAUUGGAAAGCUGUGGUGUAAUAGUUGUGGGGCUGCCCAGAACAUCAUCCUGUAUCCACUGGUGCUGCCAAGGCUGUGGGAAAGGACAUCUCAGAGCUGAAUGGGAAGCUCACUGGAACUGCCUUCCACGUUCCUACUCCCAUUGUGUCCAUUGUGGAUCUGACAUGCUGCCUGGAGAAACCUGCCAAGUAUGAUGACAUCAAGAAAGUGGUGAAACAGGAAUCCAAGAGACCACUAAAGGGUAUCCUGGGCUACACUGAGGACCAGGUUGUCUCCUGCAACUUUAACAGUGAUGUCUACCUACUCUUUCACCUUUGAUGAUGGGGCUGUGCUGGAGAUCAAAUCUAGGAUUUUGCAUGUGCUACGUUAAUGCUCUACCAGUGAACUAUUCCCCUGUCUGCAAGUGGCCUUUUCAGUAAGGAAACUUCACAGUGACCACAUGAUUGUAUCUUUGCCUGUGCUGUUCCUUAUGCUGCCCAUCUCUAACUCCUUAUACUACUGACAGAAGCUCUGAUUACCCUACUACCGUUUAACUUAAUAUAGUGGGAGAACAACUUGAUAUCAACAAGAAGAUUUAAAACUUCAGAACUUGAAGAGUCCCACAUCUUAUCUCCGAAUACCUCCUGUGGCAGACAAGGGAACUUUAAAACAUAAAGGGCACAAGGUCAAGAGGAGAGUCCCUGGCAAAGUCACUACUGGAGUCCAAGUUUCCGGGUUCCAGUGGAAUGCUUAUCAAAAAGCAGCACUGCCUCCCUUCUUUCCUAGGAGGCCUACAAGGCUCUGCAGCCAUGCCAUCCCCCUGCCAAGCCAGUCACUUUUCCGGAGCGCCUCCCCCAUCCCAGUCCCUCCUACAGCUGAGUUGCAGAUCAAAUUAGAAGUCGUGUAGCAUGGGGCAUUUCCUGGGAAAGUGCCCAGCCUCAGAGCCAUUGGUACCAAUGAGCAAGGACAAGGAUGGAAGGAGUUACAUUCCACAAAGGCUCUGGGAGACAGAGGCCCUGGGAGCAGAUGCAGUGAGAUGCCUGGAGAAGAGUACUCGCAGUGACAUCUCCCAAGACACAAGGGAGAUCCAGUGACGAGGCUACCUGGGUGAUUUGUUUGUAAAGCUUUUGGCUGCUUCUCCACAUCCUACCUCUGGUCUUCACCAAGGACAUUAUCAUCAGAUGUGAGCAAACCCUGCUCCCCCUGAUGCCUGGGCCAAGACAUACUUGAAUUGCAACUUUACUCUCUUAUCUAAACCUGCCACCAUGCCAGGAGUCAUACAGACUAGGAACUGUAUGUGAAGGCGGAACCCAAUUUCUCAGCAAAGAUGAGCCGGCCGUAUGACUCAAUGGAGCCCAAAGUAAUGGACGAUGACAUGCUCAAGGUAGCUGUUGGGGAGCAAGGGCCCCAGGAAGAGGCUGGGCAGCUAGCCAAGCAGGAAGGCAUCCUCUUCAAAGAUGUCCUGGCCCUGCAGCUGGACUUCCAGAAUAUCCUCCGCAUAGAUAACCUCUGGCAGUUUGAGAACCUGCGGAAGCUGCAGCUGAACAACAACAUCAUUGAGCGGAUCGAGGGCCUGGAAAACCUCACACACCUGGUCUGGCUGGAUUUGUCCUUCAACAACAUUGAGGCCAUUGAGGGCCUGGAUACCCUGGUCAACCUGGAGGACCUGAGCUUGUCCCAUAACCGGAUCUCCAAGAUAGACUCUCUAGAUCCCCUGGUGAAUCUGCAGGUGCUGUCACUGGGCAAUAACCAGAUUAACAACAUGAUGAAUAUCAUCUACCUGCGCCGGUUCCCGUGCCUGCGAACACUCAGCCUCUCUGGGAAUCCCGUUUCUGAGGCAGAGGAGUACAAGGUGUUCAUCUAUGCCUACCUUCCUGAUCUCGUGUACCUGGACUUCCGGCGCGUUGAUGAGCAGGCGAGGGAGGUGGCGAAGAUGAAGCAUCAGUACAGCAUUGAUGAGCUGAAGCACCGGGAGGCACUGAUGCAGAUCCGGCUGGAGGAGGAGCAGGCCAAGCAGCAGAAGCUGGCAGAGCAUAAGAUGGCAUUUGUUGAGCACCUGAAUGGCCCCUUCCUGUUUGACAGCAUGUAUUCCGAUGAUGUGGAGGGCAACAAGCUAUCCUACCUGCCUGGUGUUGGUGAGCUCCUUGAAGCCUACAAGGACAAAUUUGUCAUCAUCUGCCUGAACAUUUUCGAGUAUGGCCUGAGUCAGCAAGAAAAGCGAAAGAUUGAGUUAGACACCUUCAAUGAGUGCAUACAGGAGGCCAUUCAGGAAAACCAGGACCAGGGCAAGCUCAAGAUUGCCAAGUUUGAGGAAAAACACCUGCUGAACUUAAACGCCAUCCGGGAAGAGAGCGAUCUGUUCACCAUGGAGCAGAAGCUGACGGAGUGCAAUGAGAGCAUCACUGAGCUGUUCAACACGCUCAUGAUACUGGAGAUGCAGCUGGUGGAGCAGCUGGAGGAGACCAUAAAUGUAUUUGAAAGAAACAUCACUGACUUGGUGGGACUAUUUAUUGAAAAUGUCCAAAGUCUGAUCGCCCAGUGCCGGGACUUGGAGAACCAUCACCACGAGAAGCUCCUGGAGAUUGCCAUCAACACCCUAGAGAAGAUCCUCAAGGGCGAGAUGGAUGAGGACUUACCCGAUGAUGUGCGGGCACUUUUUGUUGACAAAGACACAAUUGUUAACGCCGUUGGGGCAUCACAUGACAUCCAUCUCCUGAAGAUUGACAACCGGGAAGAUGAGCUGGUGACUGGAGUCAACUCUUGGUGUGCACAUCUCGUAGACAAGAUUCACAAAGAUGAGAUCAUGAGGAACCGUAAGCGAGUGAAGGAGAUCAAUCAAUUCGUCGACCAUAUGCAGAGUGAACUGGACAACCUGGAAUGUGGUGACAUUAUAGACUAGGUGUCAGCCAUCAGCCAGCGAUCCCCUCUAGAGCAUGGACCCAGCCCCUGAGAGUUAUGGGAUUUCUUUCAUUCACCCCUGUCUUAACACUGUUGGUAAUAAUUCUCAAUAUAGAGAAAAAUAAAGGUCUGGUGUCAGUAUUCUCUUA